AUGAGAUUAUCCGGAUUACAGAGAGAUGUGCUGUCGCUUUAUCGGCAAUGUCUGCGGGUGUGCAGGACGAAGGGUGAGGCGCGGAUACACUUUGAGAAGUAUGCGAGGGAUGAGUUCAACAAGACCAUAGGCCUCGACAAGAAGGAUUUCAGUGCUAUUGAGUAUCUGAUGCGCAAGGGGCAAAGACAGCUCGAGAUGUACUCUUCUCCUAGGAUCAAAGAUAUACGAUGA